GCUGAAUUCUUGUUUGCUUAUCAUCUCUCUCUGACCACAACCCAUUCUCAACGUCGGAUAUGGUGAAACCGACAACCGGAAAACCUGCUGAGAAAAGCGAUUCUCUGUAUAAGGGUGUAAGGAAACGUAAGUGGGGGAAGUGGGUUUCCGAAAUCCGGCUACCAAACAGCCGCGAGAGGAUUUGGCUGGGUUCCUACGACACCGCCGAGAAGGCAGCGAGGGCCUUCGACGCUGCCCUCUUUUGCUUACGUGGUUGCAAUGCGAAAUUCAAUUUCCCCGAUAACCCACCUGAUAUCCCCUGUGGUCGGUCGCUUACCCCCCCUGAAAUUCAGGCCGCUGCGGCUCGGUUCGCUAAUGGGGAGAAUGAGACGCACAAGGCACCUCCCGCUCAGUUGAGGACACAGACAGAUACCCUUUUGGAGUAUCCGUCGCCAUCGUCGGUUUCCGAUGGAGGUGCCCCGGCAGAUAGCGAUGUCUCCAUCGACUGGUCGUUCUUCGACAUGUUGACGACGGUGGGCUCUGAAGAUAGCGUGUCGGAAUUCGGGGCCUUUUCUGGGUUUGACGAUUAUUCUGGUGAUUAUUUCCCCGCGCCAGCAACUUCUGUUGUAGAUUAUGAGGACGAAAAUAGUGGUAGUGGGGAUUAUCAAUAUUAUCCUCAACACUCCUUUCUUUGGAAUUUUUAGUAAGAGUCGUAACAGCGUUAGUGGAGAUUCCGGUGAGUUUUAGUUGCCGGCCGAUCUGCUCUUUUUUGCUGGGAAGUUGAUUUAGGCGCAGAUGUCCCAGCUAUACUGUUUUAUAUCGUGAUGUCAUCCGAUUUUUUGGUAUGGCAUGAUUAAGCCAUACUUUGUUGUAGUGUAUACUUAGUAAUUUAGUCGAUCUAACUAAUAUAUGAUAUAUGUUCCGCAAUAGAUGUAAUUAAUUUGUUGAGCUUGAGCAUGAUGGUAAAUACGUUUUGUUUAACGUAAAAA